GGGCUGGGAGCGGGCGGUCCCCUCCGCCCCCGGCUCCCGCUGCCCCGCGGGCGCGCUCACUCGCUGGCGCCUCGGCUCCGCAGUCUUCAGAAAGCCGCGCCUGGGCUCGCAGGUUCGCCGCGCGCCGAGCGCUCAGGUCCCCACCGCGACGCGCCACGGUCCCCCGCCCCCUGCCCGCGCCUUUGCCGGCCUGACCAUGAGGGUCCUAGGUAGGCGUUGCCGGGCGCUGCUGGCGUGCCUCGCCCUAGUGUUUCCCGUCUCAGAGGCAAACUUUUUGUCAAAGCAACAUGCUUCACAAGUCCUGCUUAGGAAGCGUCGUGCAAAUUCUAUAUUUGAAGAAACCAAAGAGGGUAAUCUUGAAAGAGAAUGCAUCGAAGAACUGUGCAAUAAAGAAGAAGCCAGAGAGAUCUUUGAAAAUAACCCUGAAACGGAAUAUUUUUAUCCAAAAUAUUUAGGUUGUCUUGGCUCUUUCAGAGCUGGAUUAUUCACUGUUGCACGUCAGGCAACUAAUGCUUAUACUGACCUAAGGAGCUGCGUCAAUGCCAUUUCAGACCAGUGUAAUCCUUUGCCAUGCAAUGAAGAUGGAUAUAUGAGCUGCAAAGAUGGCCAAGCUAAAUUCACUUGCAUUUGUAAAUCAGGUUGGCACGGAGAGAAGUGUGAAUUUGAUAUAAAUGAAUGCAAAGAUCCUUCAAAUAUAAAUGGAGGUUGCAGUCAGAUUUGUGACAAUAUACCUGGAAGUUACCAGUGUUCCUGUAAAAGUGGUUUUAUUAUGCUUUCAAAUAAAAAGGACUGCAAAGAUGUGGAUGAAUGCUCUGUGAAGCCAGGCAUUUGUGGCACAGCUGUGUGCAAGAACAUGCCAGGAGAUUUUGAAUGUGAAUGUCCUGAAGGCUACAGAUUCAAUCUCACAACAAAGUCUUGUGAAGAUGUGGAUGAAUGCUCUGAGAACAUAUGUGCUCAGCUUUGUGUUAAUUACCCUGGAGGUUAUUCUUGUUAUUGUGAUGGGAAAAAAGGAUUCAAACUUGCAAAAGAUCAGAAGAGUUGUGAGGCUGUUCCAGUAUGCCUUCCCUUGAACCUUGACAAAAAUUAUGAACUACUUUAUUUAGCAGAGCAGUUUGUUGGGGUUGUUUUAUAUGUAAAAUUUCGCUUGCCAGAUGUCAACAGGUUUUCAGCCAAAUUUGAUUUCCGGACGUAUGAUUCAGAAGGUGUUAUCCUGUAUGCAGAAUCUCUUGAUCAUUCAGCUUGGUUCCUGAUUGCACUUCGUGAUGGAAAGAUUGAAAUUCAGUUUAAGAACGAAUAUACAACCCAAAUUACAACUGGAGGCAAAGUUAUUAAUAAUGGUCUGUGGAAUAUGGUCUCUGUGGAAGAAUUAGAACAGAGUAUUAGUGUGAAAAUAGCUAAAGAAGCCGUAAUGAAUAUAAACAAACCUGAAAGCCUUUUUAAGCCUGCAAAUGGAUUUCUAGAAACCAAAGUAUACUUUGCAGGAUUUCCUCUGAAAGUGGUGAACGCACUCAUUAGACCGAUUAAUCCUCGUCUAGAUGGAUGUAUACGAGGCUGGAAUUUGAUGAAUCAAAGAGCUUCAGGAGUAGAGGAAAUUAUUCAAGAAAAACAAAAUAAGCAUUGUUUUGUCACUGUGGAGAAAGGUUCCUACUAUCCUGGUUCUGGAGUUGCUCAAUUUAACAUAGGUUAUAAUAAUGAUACAUCGAAUCCUGAGGCUUGGCAAGUAAAUGUGUCCUUGAGUAUUCGUCCAUCCACAGGCACUGGUGUUAUGUUUGCUUUGGUUUCUGGUUACACAGUGCCCUUUGCCUUGUCCUUGGUGGACUCCACCUCUGAAAAGCUUCAGGAUAUCUUGGUGUCUGUUGAAAAUACAGUAAUAUUUCGGAAGGAGGCCAUAAAUCUUUGUUCCACUCAACAAUUCCAUCUGGAAUUCGGAGUCAACAGAAAAAACCUGGAGUUGUCAACUCCACUUAAAAAAGAUAUUGUCUACUCUGAAGACCUUCAAAGACAAUUUGCUGUCUUGGAUAAAGCAAUGAAAGGAACAGUGGUCACUUACCUGGGUGGCCUUCCAGAUGUUCCAUUCAGCGCAACACCAGUGAAUUCUUAUUACAAUGGCUGUAUGGAAGUGAACGUUAACAAUGUACAGCUGGAUCUGGAUGAAGCCAUUUCUAAACAUAAUGAUAUUAGAGCUCAUUCAUGUCCAUCAGUUUUGCAAAAAAAAUAGAGUACUUAAGGCAUCUUUUCUCUGCUGAUAUUAUCUUUUUCCUGGGUGUAAUUAUACUUCUGUUUCAAUAAUAGUUGAAGGGUUUUACUUAUGAUGUGCAGACCUCGAUUGUUUUAUGGUAUUUUGGCCUUCUCAGAAUUUUAAAAAGGUCCUUUUUCAAGAAAAUAAGAUUCUCGUGUGAUGUAAAUCACAUUAAAGAAUUCUUACCUAUGUUGUUGUCUAGAAAUUAAAUAAUGAAACAUAAAUAAUUUGAUUUUUUUUGCCAUAAAUGACAUUUCUUUAUUUUUAUGUUUGUAAAUGUAAAAUUUAACUUUAUCAUCAUAAAUUAGUGUUUAAAUAUUUACUUUUCUCAGAGGGCAAGGAAGUAAACACAAACAGAAGUUCUUGUGACUAAAUACUAUUGAUCAUAGUAGGUACUAUUUUAUUCUAUUUUAUUUUUAUUCUAUUUUAUUUUAUUUUUUAUUUCUUCUUAAGGCAGUAGAAGAAGAGACAGUGGCCUAUUAAUUUGAAUUGAGGGAAAGGCCUUAAAGCUUUAUUCCAAAACAACUCCUUAGGGGGACCAGCUUUAGCUUCAUUUUUCUUUCACCUGGCUUUACAUUUGAACUAGUAGUUUUAGAGAAUUAGAAAACAAGUGGGACAGAUUUUCAUGAGAGCAGUAUAUGAAUCUUUCUGGUUAGUAAUUGGACUGUAUGAGUGUGAGAUUCUAGAUCAUGUUGGGAUGGGUGUGGAAACCUGGGAUGGGUAUAUUACUUAAAUUAGGCUGUGUGGAUCUAGAGUAGAAAAGGCAGAACCUAAUGAUGGAAAGAAUGAAUGAGAGAAUGAAUAAUAUGAAAGUUCAUAGUGUUCUUUGAACUCAACUUUAAUUACCAGAGUAAGUUGCCAGAAUAUGAUUGUUGAAAGACAAAAGAAACUAUGAAAAAUUGAACAGACUAAUGAAAGGACAGCCAGAGAGGGACAUAAUUAAUUAAUAUUGUGUCUUUGUAAUAUUGUAUCUUUGAAGUAAGGAGGUAAGAUUACUUGCUGGUAAUUCAUUUCAAAUGGCAGUUUUAUGACUCCUAAAACUACGGUUCAUAUUAAGCAUGUAUCAGAUGUUUCACUGACAGUUAUAGAAAAAUAAACUUCUCUUCCACUAUAGAUAUUUUGCAUCAUGUAAAUAAUAAAUUGGUGUAUAUUUAAAAAUUUAUGUGAAUAAUAUCUAUAUUCUAUCAACUCUUUGAACUGAAUAUAAAAUUACAUAAUAUAUAUGUGACUUCA